AUGGAUGGCGACAAUCCAUUUCUUUGCGAUGAUAUCACCGCCAACAUUCUCAAACGACUUAAUGUAAGAUGCAUUUUACGAUUUCGAUGUGUGUGCAAGCGUUGGAAAAAUCUCAUCAAAAGCCCUUCUUUUAUCGAAGCCCACCUCCGGCACUCCAGUAAUCAAAGAACUGUUCUUCUAUGGCCGACGUAUGGCAAUGAUAAUCCCUUGCCAUUAUAUUUGAGCCAUUGCGGCAUUCGAAUCUUUAAACGUAUAAAGGCACCUGUGGCCGCCGAUGGGGUUAAGAUCAUUGAUUCAAGCAAUGGCCUGCUCUGUUUCAAAAUUGUUGAUGAUGUUAGUUCUCCUCCUUCACUUUUACUGUGGAAUCUUGCGACCAGAGAGAUCAGGCAGGUGCCCAGAUCUAUUAACAGUUUUCAGUGUGAUUGCAUCUGUGGAUUUGGGUUCAGUCCAAUUGUUAACGAUUACAAAAUUGUGAAAGCUCACGUUAACAAGUCUCGGAAUGUUAAUGGGGUGGAAGUGUAUUCACUAGGUUCGGGGUCAUGGAAGGAAGUUGAAUUUGAAAAUUUACAGGGCGUGAGCGUUACUCAUAGCGGAGAAGCUGUCACUGCCAAUGGAGUUAUGUAUUGGCUUGGGACAUCUCACAUGAUACUUUCAUUUGAUGUAGCAACAGAAGUGUUUGCAUUGAUAGCAAAGCCUCUUUUAUUCAUUAGUUUGCUUUCUACGCUUAGUAUAUUUGAAAACAAACUCGCUCUGCUUUUUCUCUCUUCAGCUUAUUUCAUUGAGUUGUGGGUGAUGGAAGAGUUUACAAGUGGCAUAUCAAGGGAAAAAUGGAAGUGGACUAAGACACAUAGUAUAGGUCCUUUUCCACGCUUGCUAAGGCCAGUGACCAUUUGGAGGAACGAAGUAGUCUGCCAUGACGUUGUAAUGCCUAGACUUGAAGCUGAGACUGGUGAGCUAACAAAUAUUCUAUAUGUGUUCGAUCUUACUUCUGUUGGAUAUAGGAUGGCUAAUAUCGGCAAAUGUUUUCAUGUUUUCCACCUUACACCGAGUUAUGUGCUCUUUUGGUCAAUGGUGGAUGAGAACAGUAUUAGUAGCUUCGUGUGA